AUGGUGAACUGCACAGGAUUAGCUUCGCGAGAGCUCUGUAACGACACACAUGCUUAUCCUAUACGUGGAGUGGUCAUCAAGGCCAAGAUACCCGAAAGCGCUGAGAACGUGCCAGUGUACACAGACGACACACCCGGAGGACUCACAUACACCAUCCCUAACGGGGAGUUGAUCACGCUUGGAGGGGUAUGUUAUGUUAUAUAUGUGAGUGUAUAUACGCUACGGAAAUAUGUUGUGUGAACGUACAUAUGCGAGUGAACCAUACAAUGGUGUUACAAUCGAGGGUGACUUUUAAUCAUGCAUGAAUGGGUGGCUGUUCGAUGUUGCAUAUAGGAUUGUAUAUAGGCGAUCUUCUUUGUUAUAUAGUAUGUACGUGCGGGUGAG